AUGUCCAAGGACAAGUUCACAGACACAGUGAUGAUGCUGCUGCUUCUACUGCUGCUGGUGGCCUUCGCAUCUGCCGAUCCUAGCUUCGAGGAUAUGGAUCGGAGUCCCAACCUAGGAGCUGAGGAUGUGGCAACCGCAGGAUCUCAAUUGGAUCCGAGUAAGCCACAACUGUUAAAGUUCCAAAAGGCACUCGGUGGUUACUCGGACUAUGAGUAUUACUUGGGUCCAAGACGCAGCACAGGUGAUUCCUAUGGUCCGGAUAAUGAGCUCGGAGCAGCCACAUCUGCUCUCAAAAUUCAUGGUGAAGGCAAUUUGGCAUCCCUGAAUCGACCUGUGAAUGGGAAUGCCCACAAACCAGUGUCCUGGUAUGGGGUAUACUCCGACAAGCCCAUGUAUCCCUCCAGAUCAUAUGAUCCCUAUAUACGUCGCUAUGAUAGAUUCGAUGAGCAAUACCAUCGCUCUUAUCCGCAAUACUUUGAGGAUAUGUAUAUGCAUCGUUCCCGCUUUGAUCCCUAUGACAGCUAUAGUCCCCGAGUUCCACAAUAUCCGGAUCCUUAUGUUAUGUAUCCCGAUCGAUAUUUGGACACACCUGCAGCCCGGGAUUAUGUGAAAUCACGACGUGCAUAUAUAGAUGAUCCCAUGGCAUUGCCUGAUUCGUAUAGGAAUAGCAAAUAUGAGUCUGCCAAGCUACCCGACCUGGCUCCUCCACCGGUACGGAAUGAGAGGAUCGUAUACUAUGCCCACCUUCCAGAGAUUGUAAGGACACCUUAUGACCUGGCUCGUCCAGAGGAACGCAACUCGGCUGCCCUGACAAUGGGAAAUGCUCCUUACAAACCAAACAAAAAGAAAGUCAAGACAAGUGCUAACAGAACCAAUAAUGCUACAAACUAUAAGAUAACGUUGUAG